CUUGAUUCUAGGCCUAAAUGAUUUUUAGGGUGAACUCUGAAAUUGAAGUGGCACACGCAAUUUCAGCGUAAGAGAAGGAAACAAUUUCCAAAUGUGUCAUUGAACACAUUGACAAAGCAUAUACCAAAGAAGGUCAAACCACAGUGUAUAAAGUACCACAACUGGUAAAAGUUUAUUAAAAAGAAAGUCAAUAUGGCAGAAGAAACCACAAAGGGAAUUUCCUAUGAGGAUUAUCGUCAGCUGUUGCAUGAUAUAUCAGAAUGGUAUGAUGGAAUUGGAUCCAUCAGUAUGCUGAAAGUAUUGUACAGAGAUCAUGUGACUGAUGUUAGUACACUAGAUAAAGCUAAUAAGAUGCGUAACUUACUGGAUAACUUGCAUGCUUCUGGGAAUCUGAGUCCAACAGAUCUUAGUAUUCUGUAUGAUACCAUAAAUAUAACUAAACAAUUUGGAUUCAAACCAAAGAAUGAGGAUCUGCUUCCACUUUUCCAGAAUGUUAAGAAUUUAACAGUAUCAAAAUUCACAUCGUACAGGCAAAAGCUGGUAAAACUAGGAAUGAGAUUGAAUGAAGAGGAUGUAGCAAUGCUGAAUGGUUCAUUUAACACACUACUCAAGAAAUAUGAAGACAGAUGGCAUUUGAUUAGGGAUCUAGAGCACAGAAGAGAAAUUUGUGAAGAAAAUAUGAAAGCAUUUAUUGAAAGGUUGAAGAAACUCAAGCUCUUUUCAGCUGUGGAAGCUCUUUUAGAAGAUGAUGAACUCAAACCAACAGCAUCUAAAAGACAAAAGUUGAUGUUGAAAGGUGACCAAGAUACCGUUAUCAAAAAUUAUCUACUCAAAAGACAAAAGAAUUUGUGCUGCCAUGUCAACCGGUUCACACCAGCUACUUUUAAUACAUUAUACCAAGUAGAUAUUGCCAAUAUGUUUACUGAUCUGGAGCUACUGAAAAAAAAUAAGAAAGAAGGAAAGCCAGUAAAAUUACAGGAGCUUUUAGAUGUUAUCAAAUCCACACCAGCAUGUAGAACUCUCAUAGAAGGUGAAGGUGGUAUUGGCAAAUCAACUCUUCUCAGGUACUUAGCAUACAACUGGGCAAAUGAUUUAGAUAAAACAUUUGAAGGUAAAAUUGUGUUUCUGAUAAAUGUCAGAGAUAUUGGCAAAGGUGAGGAUAUUUUUAAUGUAAUUUUGAAACAAAGUAAUCUAAAUGAUUUUGAAAUGAAAACUUAUCUUCCGAAGGAUCCGAUGUUAAUAAAAAGAUUCAUAUUAAGACAUGAUGAUGAGAUUGUAUUGUUGUUAGAUGGAUUGGACGAAUUAGAAGAUGGAAAUGUAUGUCCAAUAAGCCUUUUUAAAAAAGAGGAAUUUGAAGACAGCAAUGUGAUACUUACAUCUCGAUCAGAAAACAUAAAUGAAUUUAUUAAAGAGAGCAGUAUUCAUGUGAAAGUAAAGGGAUUCGAUGCUAAGAACAUAAGAAAAUAUAUUAAGAAACACUUUGAUUACCUUGAAGAACCUGAACUAGGAGAUUCUCUUGCCAAAGAGUUAAACCUAACUAAACAUCAGGAAGUAUAUUCAAUGUGUAAGAAUCCAAUGUUACUACUCUCAGUAUGUACUAUGUGGGAGGACAAGCAGGGUCUUCCAACUAAUAAAGCUGAUCUUUUUAAAGAGGUUUUUCGCAGCAUUUUGAAUCAGUUCAACAAACAAGAAGGCAAUGCCACAAAAAUCACUAAAUUCAGUGAUACUCCCAUUGAGUAUGUACAUGCAAUGCUUAUGUUAGGAAAGUGUAUGUAUAAAAGUUUAAAGAGAAACCAACUCUCGAUAAACAGUAAAGAUUUAGAAGGAAAAGAAGAAAUGGUUCAACUGGCUUUAAAACUAGGAUUUGUCUACCUAGAUGAACCACAUUCAAAAACUUAUUUUGAACAAUGUUUUACAGCUUCUCACAAGUUGAUGGUAGAGUCAUUGGUAGGAUUUUACAUUUCAAAACUAUGUCAGAGUGCAGGUUUAAAGAAUAAGUGUGCAGAGGACCUAAAACAUUUACUUGCUCCAUUGGAUGAGGAUGAAUGGGAGAUUAUAAGAGAAAAUGAAUAUUUAGAAAUGGCAAGAACAUUUACAAUAGAAUUCCUUGGUGCUGAUGUGGGAAAAUUUUUUAUUCACUGGUUGACAAAAGAUCUCUCAACAUAUCGCUCUCUAAUGAAGAAUUAUUUAGGAUCGGUGAAAGCAGAGCACCAGGUUUCUGUUGAAGAAGCACUAAUUGAUCACAUGACCAAGACACACUUAAAAAUACAACCACAUGUUAAUGGCAUAUGUAAAUCACUUAUGAGAUAUAUUCUGGCAUAUGUAAAUCACUUAUGA